GUUUGCUGAUUUUGAUCGUACAAAAUGAACGGGAUGCGUUCUAUUAUCGUCUUGGCCAUCAAGGUUGUAGCAACCUUACAAACUGCAGUAUCAGUUGCAGGGAGUGUUAAUUGUGAUAGAAUCUUCAACUGCAAUUCCUCUGUGAUCAGUGGCCAGAUAUCAAGUCCUCGGUAUCCUUUACCUUAUCCUACAAACAUCUCAUAUAAUUGGAUCAUAAGAUCACCACCAAAAACAUACAUCAGUCUGUUGAUUAACAAGAUAUCCAUACGACUUAUGCCUUAUUGUAUAGAUCACUUGACGGUCAAAUAUGCAGGGCCGGUAUCAUAUAAGUACUGUUAUUCUUGGUAUGUGAGUAGCAAUUUGGCUUUUUAUUCGCCAAAUAAUGAAAUGAAUGUUACGUUCACUGCCGGCACAGGAAACAAUACAGAACAACAAGGAUUUCUCGCUAAAUUCAAGAUAUUAAAAGCCGUCUGUCCCAAGGAAAAUCUUACAUCAAUGUCAGGUAUACUAAUGAGCCCCAACUACUACCACUCGUACUAUCCUGGUAACCUGACAUGUCAAUGGGUCAUACAAGUACCACAGGGUUACCGCAUCCUUCUUACGUUUUCUACGGUGAAACUCCAAAACACAAACAGGUGUGAAAGUGACUAUAUCCUCGUGAUGGACGGGGUAGGUUCCUCUGCUCACCUCAUGGAAAGAAUUUGUCACGAAAGAUAUGUAGUACAUUACUAUUCCUCUGGCAAUGCCAUGACGGUGCGAUUUGUGUCUGAUCUUGUCUUCACAAAUAGAGGGUUCUACGCAAGCUAUAGCGCCACAAGCCCAACACCUAUAUCCACUAUCAUGUCCAGUACGGCAAUAGUCAGUGGAUUACCCACCUACACUGUCUCACCGACACCGACCUUAACACCGCGACAGACUCUUGUUGUAUCGCCAAGUAAGACAACCAAUGUUGUGCCUAAGCAGACACCCGUGCCAGACUUUCUUCCAGAUUAUCUUGUCGGUACAUACCAAGGAUUACAUGGCGUCCCUAUACAAAAUUAUUCUUUUAUAAACAGACUUAAGAUGAAAAGUAAGAUCGCUUGCGUCCUUAAGUGUCAGCAGACACUUGGUUGUAAAGCUGCGACCUUUAGUUACCAUGGAGAUGAUAGAGGUGUAUGUACGAUGCAUGACUCGAGCCUGCAAUACAAGCCGGAGAAAAAUCAGCAGAUUUCUGGGAACAUGUAUUACGAACAAGUCAGAUUUCAUAUCUAACAGUCUUCACUGAGCUGUGAGCGAGUAUCAUGGAAUGAGUCUAUAUUAAAAGUAUAAAACAGCUGUGUUUCCAGCUAUAAA